AUGAGCACCAUUCAGAAUCUGAAAAACUUCAUUCGCCAUGGCAAACAGGCCCGAAUCGUCGACCCGCCUCGCGAUCAACCCACUACCAACAUCUCUCCCAUACAUGCUCAACAACAAAAGUACCACCACGGCAUCGCCGAACCUGUAAACAGCUAUCGACAGCAACAGCAACAUGCUCAGCCCCUACCUGGUGAAUAUUCCGCCGCUGCCGUCGACAAUCGCAACCUCGUAGCCCAGGCGGCCGGGGCGGCAGUGAAUGCCGCUGGCAAGAACCAGAAGAUCCAGGCCGACAUCGAGGCGAUUGUUGCUGAAGAGAGGGAAAGGGCGAGAAAGAUGCCCCGAUAUCCGGGUCUCGAAAGAUACAUUCUGUUGGAAAAGAUGGGCGACGGUGCAUUUAGCAACGUCUAUAAGGCAAGAGAUACGCAAUCCUGUGACGAGGUUGCGAUCAAAGUCGUCCGGAAGUUCGAAAUGAACUCGAAUCAGCGAGCAAAUAUUCUCAAAGAAGUGCAGAUUAUGCGACAACUAGAUCAUCCUAAUAUCGUCCGACUCAUCGACUUCUCGGAAUCCCGACAAUACUACUAUAUCGUUCUAGAGUUAUGCCCUGGAGGGGAAUUGUUCCAUCAAAUUGUUCGCUUGACAUAUUUUAGCGAAGAUCUCAGCCGUCAUGUCAUUACCCAGGUCGCGAAAGCAUUGCAUUAUUUGCACGAGGAGACUGGUGUCGUCCAUCGUGAUAUCAAACCAGAAAACCUUCUCUUCUAUCCUAUUCCAUUUAUCCCCACUCGCAACCCUAAGCCGAGGGAGCCAGAUGACGAAGACAAGGCUGACGAGGGUGAAUUUAUUCCGGGCGUUGGCGCUGGUGGUAUUGGCCAAAUCAAGAUCGCCGAUUUCGGUCUCUCUAAAGUCGUCUGGGAUUCCCAAACCAUGACCCCCUGUGGCACGGUUGGCUAUACGGCUCCCGAAAUCGUCAAGGACGAGAGAUACAGCAAGUCUGUCGACAUGUGGGCUCUCGGAUGUGUUCUUUAUACCUUACUGUGUGGCUUCCCUCCUUUCUAUGACGAGUCGAUUCAGGUCUUGACCGAAAAGGUCGCCCGCGGACAAUACACGUUUCUAUCUCCAUGGUGGGACGACAUUUCCAAAUCUGCCCAAGACCUCGUCUCGCAUCUGCUCACUGUCAAUCCGGAUAAACGAUACACAAUUGAAGAAUUCCUGGCACAUCCAUGGAUCCGAAAUACAUCCGAACCCACUUACGCCGCGGCGGAUGCUCCACCGUUGGCUACGCCUCUGGCUGUCCGGCAAAAGGAAUGGGCUCAAGCGGGCAAUCUGCCCGCCGAUGUGUAUGCUCUCGGCACCCCUGGUACCCCUGGUGCUGCCAAACGAGCGGAUUUCCGAUCACCUGAUGCUCUCAACCUUCGUGAAGUGUUUGACGUCGGCUAUGCUGUUCACCGACAAGAAGAGGAAGCCAAGAGAAGAAAGAACUUUAAACAAGGAUACCGGGGAGCCGGUCUGCCCGGUGGAUUGAAUCCUCUUAGCGAAGAUGACGACUCUGAUGAGGAUGAAGAUUACGGGGCGGAAGUGUCCAGCAAAGUUCCCAAGGCGCAACAACCCACAGACGUGUCUAGUAUGGAAGCGAAAAUGCGCCAGACUAACCUGGGGACACAGCCUUCGGUAGCUGCACAAGCCAGAGCAGCAGCAGCAGCAGGCCCCCCCAGGAGUCAACAUCAAGGUCAGCAACAAGAAAGAGGCUACGGACAGCAUUCUGCUGCUGUGGCCGCGGCUGUUAAGCAGAGCGUUGGACGGAGGAAUAAGCAACCUUUCGAGCUCAGCUUGGAUAAUUCGACUUUGCUGGGCCGGAGAAACAAGAUGGGUGGAGCUCCGGGGGCACCGCCUUCGAAAUUGCGAGAAGAGUUGAGCGUCAGAUGA